AUGAGGUGCCGCCGCUGCCGCCGCUACGUGCUGCUCACCCCCCUGUGCAUCGUCGCUGGCCUCUGCUUCUUCCUGUUUCUCCUGCCACUCCUGCGCACUCCGGAUGAAAGUAAAUACCAGGAAGCGCCCGCACUGGUGUUGACCCCACUGUCGGUGAUGGACGCCUCUCAGAAGUACCGCGUGCGGCAGUUCGUGUCGGUGGGCGACCGCUGGCAGCAGCUGCCUACGCCAGCGGGGGACUGGACCACGUGCCUGGCGCUGCACGCCUCGCUGUCGCACGUGCACCACGUGGAGCGCCAGGCGCGCUCCUGGAGCGGGCCCCUCUCCGUCGCGCUCUUCGCCGCAGGGGACGACGUCCGCUUGCUGCUCGCCUACAUCAUGUUCCUCAGGCGCUGUAGGCAACACGUGCGAAGUAGGGUGAGCUUCCACUUACUGUGGCCUACGGAGCAUCCACCCAAUGACACCGUCGUCGCGGCUGGGGACCAGCUGGAGGAAACAGACUGCGGAGAGGACGACGAGCAGGUGCUGCAGCGGCUGCUGUGGCGCCAGGCGCACCCUGUGGGGGAGCAGCUGUCACGUUGA